AUCGUCCGUUCCCGGCCAUCCCCGCCCCCGGCAGCCCGGCCCGGUCGGCCCUGUGACGGGGCGGGGCCGCCACCUCCCCUUCGGCAGCGGGCGGCAGCCGUGCGGCUCCGCGGCUAUGGGGCUGUGUCUGCCCUGCAUGGGGGGAGCCGUCAAGGACGUGGUGGAGACGCCCGACCCGGAAAUUAAAAGAAGACAGCUCGCAGAAGCUGCUGAGAAGAGGCAGAUGGAGGCUUCCUCUCGAGGCAUUAAGAACACUUAUUCUGUAGAGCAAAAGAAGAAGAAACAGGAAGAAAUAGAAAAAAGAAUGGCAGCUUCAGGUUCUGGAGGAGAAGGAGGCCUCAGAUGGCAGGUUGGAUAAAGAAGCAUGACUUCAGGAGAUGAGAUUGAUGUUUACUGCCAAGAACUUGCCAGUUUCUGCAGCUGAGUGGCACUUACUCAUCACAUGGCUUUUUGCUGUUUGCAUAAGAAGAGUCAGCAGUACUUUGCCAUUGUUGGAGGGCAGAUGUGCAAAUGUGUUCUAAGAAAGUGAAGAAUUCAAGCCUCUGAACAACUAAGUUUUGGCCAAUUUUUGUUCUGUGUGCAUGUUCUGCUUCCCUGUCAAGGGAGUGAGAUGGAUUUUCUCACAUAGAAGUGACCUUUACCUGUAGUCAGUCUGUGUGUGUAUUAGAUGGUCAGUUGGUACAUGUAUGUCUGUGUACAACCAACUUAGGCACAGUUCAGGUGCCCCUGCAUAUACAUGUAUUUCCUUUGGGUUUCCUAAUUACUUCAGAACUGCUUAAGGAUUUAACACUCCAUAACAGGCCCUUAGAAACUGAAGCUUUUUGUGACACUACCUAAAAAAAUAAAAUAUCUUUAUAAACCUUAUAUGCUUAUAGCAAGAAAGCUGUUUUACUGUGAGUCUGACAGUCGUUCUCCUCACUUGUAUAUGUGAAUUCCUUUUGAGUAUGUAGGUGUUUAUAAUGAAUACUGGAACGUGAACACUAAAUGUAAAAUACUGUUGAUGAUUUGUUCUAUUUUGAACACAAGAGGGCAGUACUGCACUUCAGAGAAUUCUGAAAGACAAAAUAAAAGACCAGUUACGUCA